GGCUGUCGCGUGGUGCUGUUCGCUGAGGGAAGAAUCAGGCCGAGAGCUUCACAGCAGGAUUUAUUUAUUUUUUUAAACCAAAUUUUACGUGUUUUACUGAGUGUCCGCUAUCGUGUGGCUCAGAGUAAAGUCGAGUGGAGCGGAGAGGAGCAGGAGUGAAGGAAGAGACACAGAAAACAGGCACUUUUUGUGGUUUAAGUUGAAGAGCACGUUGAAGUUGUGGGAUUGAGAGACGGAGACAUGGCCACUCAGGUGGAGACGCUCCUGCACACCUCCAACAGCACCCCGCUCACCCCGGACCUCACCCCGGAGCCCGGCUCCAAGCAGGCCGAGGACGACACCGUGGAGGACAAGAAGGAGCUCCGAGAGGCGCCUCCGCCCAAAGUCAACCCCUGGACCAAGAAGCCCAACUCGGUCACUGUGAACGGACAGACGGCGCCCGAACAAACUGGACCAGCGAAAGUUGUGAGAGCAGGAAACCCUCGAACCAGGAGAGGAGGAAAGGUUGGAGAUUUUGGAGAUGCAACCAACUGGCCGACACCCGGAGAAAUUGCCACCAAGGAAGUGCAGGGGUGUAAGAAAGCGACAGUGAAAAGGGAGUCUAAAGAGAAGAGGGACAGUGAGGAGACUAAAGAGAACCAGAAGACCAAAUCAGAUGAUUCAGGAGAGGAGAAGAACAGAGAGGAAGAUGCGCACAAGAACAGCGCUCACAGGAGGAAAGGAAAUAAACAUAAGUGGGUUCCUCUGAUGAUUGAGGUGAAGUCUGAGGGACCACGAGAGCGCUCGGCCUCCAGGAACAAUGCACGCCAAGGCGAAACUCCCAGAAUGCACCCCAACAACAGGAAUGACCUCAGAGACUGGCACAGUGGGAAGUACGAGCGCGAUCAGUUCAGAGACGAUCAUGACGAGGUUUCAAGUGUGAAGAGUGAGGGAGCACCGUUUAGAGGAGGGUUCAGAGGACGAGGAAGAGGACGGGGACGAGGAAGGGGACGAGGACGGGGAGGACGAGGUCACUAUGACCAUCAGUACAACUACAAGUAUGAGGGGAAAGAUGGUGUGUAUGACCCCAAAUACACACAGUCUGUGACCUAUUAUUAUGACAGCAUGAGUAGCACUGAGAUGUACAGUGUGGACCAGGACCUGCUCAAGGAGUACAUCAAGAGACAGAUUGAGUACUACUUCAGCAUGGAGAAUCUGGAGCGUGACUUUUUUCUCCGGAGAAAAAUGGAUGAGAGCGGCUUCCUGCCUGUAGCUCUGAUUGCGAGCUUCCACCGUGUUCAAGCUCUCACCACUGACAUCCACCUCAUCACAGAGGCUCUAAAGGACAGUAAGGUGGUGGAGAUUAUUGAUAUGAAGAUUCGAUGUAGAGAGGAACCAGAGAAAUGGCCUCUUCCUGGUUUAACUCUUCUUGAACACGUGCACACAGACUUCUCACAACUCAUACACUGUCCUGAGUUUGUCCCCCGACACACGGCCGAUACACCUCACACAGGUUCUCCUCGUGUGCCGUCUACAGCCGAGCAGAAGCUGGACGAGGUGUGUAACCUGAAGACCAUGCCCAAGGGUUUAUCAGCAAGUCUCCCUGACCUCGACUCAGAGUGUUGGAUCGAAGUGAAGAAAAGGCCACGCCCCUCUCCGGCCAGACCAAAGAAGCUAGAGGACCAUCGGAGUGCCCUUUCUACAGGGGAUCAGGAUGAGCCAGAGGAAUUGGACUUCUUGUUUGAUGAGGAGAUGGAGGCGAUGGAUGGCCGGCGUAACACCUUCACUGAGUGGACAGACGACGAGUCAGAUGGAGAAAUUGAUGACCAUGAUGUCAACAAGAUUCUGAUUGUGACUCAGACGCCGCCGUAUCUGCGUAAACAUCCCGGGGGCGACCGGACCGGCAACCAUGUCUCCCGCUCCAAACUCACCAACGAGCUUGUUAAGGUCAUUAAUGAUGGGCUGUUCUACUACGAACAGGACUUAUGGCAAGACACGUACGAGCCAGAGUACGCCACCAUCAAGCAGGAGGUGGAGAACUUUAAGAAGGUUCACCUAAUCAGCCGUGAGCAAUUUGACUGUUUGACCCCCGAACCUCCCAUCGACCCCAACCAGGAAGUGCCCCCCUGCCCACCGCGGCCACAACACAUUCCUACAGAUGAUCUGGCGAAUAAACUCUUCGGCGCUCCGGAACGCUCCAUGAUUGCGCGCUCUUUGCCCACUGCUGUGCCUGACUCUCCGGGAUACAGAGCACCACACACACCUCACACACCCCGUACACCCCGCUGCAAGCACAACACACACACGCCUCGCUUCUAUCCUGUCAUCAAAGACGGACGGCCUGUGGAUGCCAAGACGCCACGUAAAAGGAAGACGCGUCAUAGCUCAAACCCACCAAUGGAGUGUCACGUUGGCUGGGUGAUGGACUCACGAGAACAUCGGUCACGUACUGCGUCUGUCAGCUCUAAUGCAAGUCCCUCUGAAGGCUCAGCAGCGCUGGGGAACAUCGGCUGUACUCCUCAGUCUCUUCCCAAAUUCCAGCAUCCAUCACAUGAGCUUCUAAAGGAGAAUGGCUUCACACAGCACGUCUACCACAAAUACAGGCGACGCUGUCUCAAUGAGCGUAAACGUUUGGGGAUUGGUCAGUCUCAGGAGAUGAACACACUCUUCCGUUUCUGGUCCUUCUUCCUGCGUGAUCACUUUAACAGGAAAAUGUACGAGGAGUUCAGACAGCUGGGAGUCGAGGACGGCAAGGAGGGUUACAGGUACGGCUUGGAGUGUCUGUUCCGGUAUUACAGCUACGGUUUGGAGAGAAAGUUCAGACCUGAAAUCUUCAAAGACUUUCAGGACGAAACUAUAAGAGAUUAUGAAGCAGGUCAGCUGUAUGGUCUGGAGAAAUUCUGGGCUUUUCUUAAAUACUCUAAAGCUAAGACUCUGGAGAUCGACUCCAAGCUGCAGGAUUAUUUGCGCAGCUUCAAACGGCUGGAGGACUUUAGAGUGGAUCCUCCUAUAGAUGAAAGUCGUAAGCGUCACUUCUCCAGCGACGGUCGCCGUCGUCACCCGUCUCAGUCGUCUGCUCGUCACACCCACACCACUGACCACGCCCCGGAGCCUAAGCUUGGCCCCGCCCCCACCACAGAUGGUGGUCAUUGAUCAACUGAGUGAAAUCAACACUGCAAUCUUCAGAGACCUACACAUUACCCAUAAUCCUCUGGGGUUCAGUCGCUCUUGCAUGAGUCACACACAGACCGAGCGCCAGUGUGGAGGGCAAAUUGAGCGCUUCCCUUCAAAUCAGGGGUUUUUUCCUCUCUUCCCGACACCCUGGAGACUGCUGAAGGGAAACCGGCCCAAUCUUCACUUUUAUUCUUAUAAUUUCUAUAUUUUUAUUUGGACAUCAUACUCGGCGUGAUCAUCGAUCUUUCCCGUGUGAGAUACGGGUGAUGAGUUUUUUUUUUGUUUGUUUUUUUUUUAAAAUAAAUGUGCUGUUUUGGGACUCGGUUCACUGAUCAAUAAAGAGGGAGGAGGACAAAGUUAGAGCCCAAAACCCUCAGAACGUUUCUCAUCGCUCUUUUUCCACAGUUGCCUUAUUUUGCUGAGUUUCUGCUUAUUGAACGCUAAACCCCUUAAACGCCCCUUUCCCUGACUCAACACACACACACACACACACACACACACACACACGUGUUGUGAGUGGGAGCUUCACCUCGUCUCCGUGUCUUCCAUGUGCUUUGUUCUGGACCGUAAUUGUGCGUUUGCUGUGUGUUUGUGUCUGUUCACACCCAGCAUUUGUACUUCAUCACAAUUACUUGAAGAAAAGAGGAGAGGAACAGGUGAGAACAUGCUGCAGGUGCUCCAAGACUUUAACACACACACACACAGCUCCAGAGAUCAUCUCGAUAGAUAAGUCCGAAGCUGCGGCUCCUUUUUGCUGACAUGGCUGAUAUAGAGGUGGAGAAAUGAACUGAACGUCGCUCUCCUGCCCCCUAACCUGGCAUCGUCCCAGUAAUUCACACAGAUUACCCUAAGGGAUGGACUGAGGGGGCUUGGACUCACCUGAUAUUAGUACACACCCGUAUUCUGAUUCAUUAAAGAUUAUAUAUUCUCCUUGUAUGUGUACAAUAUUUUUAGUUUUUCUGUCCCUGGUUAUUUUAACACACUUUAAUUUUGCUGCAUUGUAGCUAUGCUAAAGAUUCACUGCUACAGGAGUAAAAAUAGGAACAUUAUAAAUAAAUAAAGAGGAAAUAAACUGCAGCUCUGCUCACAUCUGCAUAUUAAAUUCUUAACCCCAUAGUUAAUUGGUUUAUUGCUCAUUUUUGAGUGAAAUGCAUCAUCGUGAAUGAAGUUUAUAUUUUCCUCUUCUGUUAUAAAUUAGUUCUUGGACUGGUGAAUAAGGGGAAAAUAUCUGUUGUAAUCUCCAGCAGUGGGUGAAAUUUGUGUUAAGGGAUAAAUAGUGAUCUGGUUAUGAACAGCAUUAUUCCAGAAAGCCAUAGGUAUUUAAAAGAAACUGCUGUGUUUAAUUGUUAAUAGUUUAUCACCAUUCUGCUCGUGGAUCUGAAGAGGAAAAAGAACAAAAAUAAACAUGUAAAAUACUUGAUACUUGACGUGUAUAAUAACGUGACUAUUCUCGAGCUCUGCUUUGUAGGCUGACGUGAUUGGCUCUUAGUGUUAUUUGUAAUUUGUAGUAAUUUUGCUUUUCCUAAAUGAAUAAAAAAAAAAAAAAACAUAAAAUUGAUAAAAACCCCUUAA